AACAUGGAAUGUUUUAGAUUUUUUUUUAACAUCACCCCUGGGCCCUGCAGAGGUUUAGAGGCCUUUAAGAUUCCUCCGUUAGAGGACAGGGGAAUAGAUGCAGACUAGCGAUUGAGGCUAGAGGAUAAAGUAAGAGGAUGAAAAAACCAUGAGCCAGAGGAUGAAGGCGAUGUUACUUUUACUAUUUCUAUGCGUCCUCAGCACAAGAUGUGUUGUGGACGCACAAUCUGAAACUUCCACAGCAGACCUAGUCCCUGAACUAGAGUUAGCCUUGGAUCCACCGGAUGAAACGAUGGAGGAUGAGCUAAUGGACGAUGGAUCGAUGGAUGAUGGAUCGAUGGAUAAUGGAACCCAAUCCGUUAUUAUUGAUCCAGGGCUCUCAUGGGAAACAUUGGCAAGCCUUCCCAACUUUACACACAUCAAACUAGGAGUAGUCAUAAACCAAAGAUGGAUUGGAGGACCGAUGAAUGUAAUGAAAACAAUUAUCAAAGACAAUAUUGAGCAGGCUGAAGCGAAUGUUCUGAAAAAUGGAAAGAUUGAUAUCUUCUGGUCGGAUGAGGACGAGAUAAAUGAUGAUUAUGGAAACAAUCUAACAGCUGUACUUUCAUUUGUCAAUUGCAAAGAGUCUCAUUCCCUUUCCAGCGUACUUGAGAGUAAACCUGUUCUGUACCUGGCAAUAACUGAUAUCGGAUGUAAACGGUUUGAAGUUGGUGAUCAGCUGAUGUUUCCUCUAGUGGAGUACGCACGGGGCAUUGUUCAACUUCUAGCUGAUCUUAGAUAUUCUAAUACCAUACAGUGGGACUCCUAUAUUGUGAUCCAUGAUGAAUCUUUGGAUAAGGAACUAGAGGGAGAAGUGUACAACGUUUUGGCAAAUGGAAAGAGCGGGGAAGAAGAAAUGCUAAUGUCCAGCUCACAGCAUAGGAAUGAUGUGGCUGUUUCCAUGUUUGAUUUGGGAACUAUCAACAAUAUGUCAGCUUCAGAUAGAAAUAUGAAACUGGGAAACUUACUUAAAGGAUUUCCAGGGAAAGAUCUGGGAAAUCACUUUCUGAUCAUCUGCAAACACAGCAUUGUCCAAGAUAUGAUGAAUAUUGCAAAGAGUAAUAAAAUGUUUAACUUUGACAGUCAGUGGGUUUUCAUGGUCACUGACACCAACAGCUCUUCCUUUGAUAUGUCCCCCUAUAUCAAAAUGGCAAGUGACGGAUACAAUCUUGGGUUUGUUUUUAACACAAGCAUUGCACUUCCAGGCAUUGUGUGCCCAACAGGAAUUGAAUGUGUAAUAAAAUCCACCAUUGAUAACAUGAUUCAAUCCUUCCAAAACAUUCUUGAAAAUGAGUUUAAGAUAUUUGAUAUAGUAACAAUUGAAGAAUGGGAUAUCAUCAAACCAUCUCCGGAGGAGCGCUCUAUGGCUAUUGUUGAAGAUAUAAAACUAAGAAUUGAGGAAACUAAAGGACAAUGUAAUAACUGUACCAAGUGGAUGAUGGAAGCUGUAGAGGUAAGAGAGGCUAACAGGAUAAAUCAACUGGAGGUUGGAACUUGGAAUCCAACACUAGGCUUAAG